AUGGCGGAAGCCGUCGUGGGAGUGCUGAUCGGCAAGCUAGGUGCAGCCUUGGCGAAAGAAGCAGCAACCUAUGGAGCAUCCCUGCUUUGCAAGGAAGCUUCAGCCCUCAAGGGUCUUUUUGGCGAGAUCCGCAAAGCUGAGAAGGAAUUUGAGAGCAUGAAGACCUACCUGCGUCAGGCAGAGAAGUUCAAGGAUACUGAUGAGACCACUGGCAUCUUCACCAAGAAUAUCAGCCAAGAUGAAGAAGAGGAUCAAGCAUCUCAAGCAGCCUGGGUAACAGUGUCAAAGAGUUACCAGUUUGAAGACAUGCUAAAGAGAAUUGCUAGAGAGUUUAGCAUCGUAACUGAUGCUACUAACAUGGAAAUUAGAGGUUUAGUUGAGAUCAUCCGGAAACAUCUUGAAGGUAAAAGCCGGUUUGUUCUCACAUCAAGAAAGUUUGAAGUUGCAUCAUUGGCAACUAGCAAUUGCAGAAUUGAGCUGGAACCUCUAGGAGAUAAGCACUCUUGGGAGUUAUUCUGCAAAGCAGCUUUUCGGAAUAGUGAUGACGAAAGGUGUCCGUCAGAGUUACAGGAUUUGGCUGUAAAGUUCUUACAAAAGUGUGAAGGCUUGCCUAUUGCCAUUGCAUGCAUAGGACGUCUAUUGUCUGUCAAACAACCAACAUACUCUGAAUGGGAUAGUGUGUACAUGGAGCUAGAAUUGCAGUCAAAUAAUAAUGUGAUCCAAGGAGUCGAUAGUAUUCUAAAAGUAAGCUUGGAGGACCUUCCGCAUGAACUAAAGAAUUGCUUCUUACAUUGUGCAAUAUUUCCUGAGGAUUAUAAAUUGGGGAGGCGAAGAUUAAUUAGGCACUGGAUUACAUCUGGAUUCAUCAAGGAAAAGGAGAACAACACACUAGAACAAGUGGCAGAGGGAUACUUGAAUGAUCUUGUAAACCGAAGCUUGCUACAAGUCGUGAUGAAGAAUGAAUUCGGACGACUGAGGUGUUGCCGAAUGCAUGAUAUCAUCCGCCAUUUUGCCCUUGACAAAGCUGCAAAAGAAUGCUUUUGUACAGUUUAUGAGGGCCAUGGGACAUUUUCAGUACAUGAAACACGCAGACUGUCAAUAAAUAGCACCAAUAUUGUACCGCUGAAUCAAUCUGGUGUGAUGCAGCUCCGUGCAAUCUAUGUUUUUACAAGUUUUGUUGAUAUCGAUUUGUUGAGGCCUAUCCUUGCGUCCUCAACAUUGUUGUCAACAUUGGAUCUUCAAGGUACUAAAAUCAAGAUGCUCCCUAAUGAGGUCUUCAGCUUGUUUAAUCUGCGUUUCUUGGGUCUCCGUUAUACGGGAAUUGAGACUCUACCAGAGGCUGUUGGAAGAUUGCAAAACUUAGAAAGGCAGCUGGAAAAGAAACGGAUGCCUGAGCUUCUCUCCUCCUGGUUGCACCUUAACUAUCUCACUUGUUUAUCUCUGGCGUUCUCUAAACUUGAUGAGAACUCAUUUCCUAACCUCAUGGUGUUGCGUAAUUUAUGCUCACUUAAUCUUAAUAAGGCUUACGAGGGAAAGACAUUAUGCUUCUCCGUACAGUCAUUUCCUAGACUGAGAGAACUAUAUAUAUGGGAUGCUCCGCAACUCAGCCAGGUAGAAAUAGAAGAAGAUGCACUGGGAUGUCUGGUUAAGCUAUGGUUUGCAGGGUGCCCAGAACUGAAGCGCCUCCCUCGUGGCAUUGAGUACCUUACCACGCUCGAUGAAUUAUAUUUGGAAGAUGCUGCUGAUGAGCUUAUAAAGAUCAUUAGGCAGGAAGGUGAAGCAAAUGAAUGCAAGGAAGAGCUAAUGAAGAUUAGCCACAUUAGAAUGGUUGAUUUUAAAUCAACUGAGAAAAACUUUUGGCAAAGAAUUGUAAAUAGAGAAGGGAAUGCAUUCGCUGGCUGA